UUAUAUUAGUGCAGAACACUGUACCUUUAAUUUAAAUGCUCUUGGAGUCUGCUGGGGAAGAGAAAUAAUACUGUCAGUCAGUAUGACAUGCAGAUGAGUGCCGUCGAUCUUAGAAUCACCGCACACUUCACUCAUUUGGGCAGUCACGGGGCCAAAACCAGAGUGUGGAGCCACAGUGUGGCGGUGGAGGCAGCAGCAAUGGGAGGCCAUACAGCACCCUAUGAAAAAAUGGAACCCACCAGCAGUGUGAGGAGACCUGAAAGUGGCACAUGGCAGAGUGUGUGGCGAUGGAGACAGCAGCAAUGGGAGGCCGUACAGGGACCCAUGACACACUCUGGACCUGGCAGCAGCAUGAGGAGGCGGUACAGGGGCCCAUGACAGAUUACGGGCCUGGCAGCAGCAUGAGGAGUCGGUACGGGGGCCCAUGGCAGAUUACGGGCCUGGCAGAUGACGACGAGGCUGCCAAGGUCUCCGCCUCACUACUAGCCCCCUCGGCUGCGUGUGGAGGCGG